AUGAAGGAAGCUGUGUUCCAUGUUGGUGGCAUGACCUGUAGUGCAUGUAGCAAUGCCAUUAUUAAACAGGUUGGUAAACUGGAAGGUGUUGAUACCUGUGAGGUGUCUCUUAUGACCGAUGAAUGUCGAGUGAAGUUCGAUGAAGGGCAGCUGACUAAAGAUGUGGUCCUAGAGUGUGUGGAGGAUUGUGGGUUUAGCUGUGAGUUUAUUAAGGAAACUAGCGUUACAGGUGUGGUUGGGAACGAGACUACAGUUAAAGCUGUGCUGUCUGUACAAGGUAUGACGUGCAGUGCCUGUUCGUCGGCAAUUGUGAAGCAAGCAGGGCAGUUAGCCGGCGUCGUGUCUGUAGAGGUGUCGCUGGUUACUGAGGAAUGUCAUGUUGUUUUUGAUAAAUCGAUGAUUGAUGCAGCUACUGUUCAAGAGUGCAUUGAGGAUUGUGGGUUUGGUGCGGGAAUAAUGUCUGUCAAUGAAACUAUGGCGAGUGAUUUGUCUUCUGGUAAGAUAAAGACCACUACAUUAAAAUUGGUUGGAUUAAAUGAAAACUCAGAUGUCUCCGAAUUGGAAAGUUUUUACAACGACACGGAUACUAAUGGUAAGAUAUAUGAUGUUGAUGUCAUUAACGCUACAGCUAAUAUUCAAUACAACACUUCUGUCAUUGGAAUACGAAAAAUUAUAGCCAGUCUCGAAACAUUUGGUUACUCAGUACUGCUGGGAAAUGAUUUGGACAAUGACGACCAAUUAAGAAUGUUAUCCAAGGUUAAGGAAAUCCAAUUUUGGAGAUUAAACCUUAUCAAAGCACUAAGUAUAUCGAUUAUCGUUUUGUCAAUCUACAUGUUUGUGCCCAUGUUUUCUCCAUCCCUGGUAAAAAAUAAGGUGUUCCCAUAUAAGCAGGUGACAUUCAUUCCCGGAUUGUUCUAUCGUGAUAUAAUCGGAUUGAUUCUCACUAGUUAUAUUCAAUUUGGAGUGGGUUUGUUCUUCUAUAGGUCUGCUUGGAGUGCAUAUAAACAUGGAUCGGGUACGAUGGACACUCUGAUAUGCAUCUCAACUACAUUAGCGUAUACCUUCUCAGUAUACUCCAUAUUGGACAACCUUGGAAAUAAUGACGAAAUGCAAACUCUACCUAAUAUCCAAUUUGGUACAUCUGUUAUGCUGGUAACAUUCAUAUCAUUUGGUAAAUUGCUUGAAAAUAAGGCAAAGUCAAAAACUUCUACUGCAUUAUCAAAACUGAUCAAUCUUUACCCAUCUUCUUGUGAAAUAGUGGAAGAAAUUGAUGGUACUGAGUUGUUUACUACACUCCCAUCUGAGUUCCUCGAGGAAGGAGAUAAUAUUGUUGUCAAAGCUGGUAUGAAAAUUCCUGCAGAUGGUAUAAUUACGAAAGGUAUCACCGAGAUUGAUGAAUCAUUCAUGACAGGUGAAGCUAUAUUGGUUACUAAGACAAUAGGUGACCAAGUUAUAGGUGGAACAGUUAAUGGCCCGGGACAUUUCUAUUUCCAAGCAACUCGGGUUGGAAAUGACACACAACUUUCGCAAGUCAUCAAGACUAUGAAGGAUGCUCAAUUAUCUAAAGCACCUAUUCAAAGGUACUCCGACUAUCUUGCAUCUAUCUUUGUUCCAGUAAUUUUACUACUCUCUAUAAUUACGUUUACAUUUUGGGUCGUUGUUUGCUUAAAGUCGCAGCAUAUACCCAGUGUCUUAGGAGAAAAUACGCAUGGCAAAUUUUACAUUUGCUUACAGAUUGCAAUCUCUGUUGUAGUUGUUGCGUGCCCUUGUGCAUUAGGUUUGGCUGCUCCGACUGCAAUCAUGGUAGGUACAGGAACAGCAGCUGAAAAUGGUAUUUUGAUAAAAGGUGGUGACAAGAUUGAAAUGUACGAUAAAGUCGAAGUAUUCUUGUUUGAUAAAACAGGUACUCUAACAACUGGUGCAAUGGAAGUUCAAAAGUUUGUAACUGCUUCAAAUAUUCUAUCUGAUAAUAAAAUUAAUGCCAUUGCAAAAGUUGUCUCCGAAAUGAGCGAUCAUCCAAUAUCGAAGGCAAUUGUAAGGUAUUGUGACAAGAUAUUGGAGGAUAAUUCUGAUAAAAUUUACCGUCCAAAAGUUUUGGAUUCAGAAAUAAUCGUCGGAAAGGGCAUUUCUUGUACUGUUGAAAUCGAUAAUGAGAAACAUAGUGUUGCCAUUGGUAAUAGAAAGAUGAUGCCACAGGAUUCUGAACUAUUUAUGGAGACUCCUGAUGAAAUUUUUUCUAUAUCAUAUUUACUACUGGAUGAUAAAGUAGUUGGUAAAUUUACAGUCGCAGACACUGUUAGAAGUGAUGCAUAUGAAACAAUACAAUAUUUGAAUAAUCAUGGCUACGAAUGUUAUAUGAUUACAGGUGAUAUAAGCAACUCUGCAUUGCAUAUCGCAUCAUUAGUAGGCAUUGACUUCAACAACGUUUUCAGCGAAGUGACACCUGGGGGGAAAUCGGAUAUCGUUGAACAAAUAAAAACCAAAACCGGUAAGUAUGUUGCAUUUGUGGGAGAUGGUAUAAACGACUCACCCGCUUUAGUCCUGAGUGAUGUGGGUAUAUCUAUUUCGACAGGAACUGAUAUUGCCAUCGAAGCAGCAGACGUUGUUAUUAUAGCAGACGAGCAGAAUAAAUUACCUGCAAUGAAAAAAGUUGUCUAUGCGCUAGACCUGUCGAAGAAAACAUUCAAAAGAAUAAAAUUAAAUCUUUUCUGGGCAUUAUUUUAUAACACAUUUAUGAUUCCUAUUGCCAUGGGUCUUCUGUUGCCUUGGGGCAUCACAUUACAUCCGAUGUCGGCUGCAUUUGCAAUGGCGAUGAGUUCAGUCAGUGUUGUUUUCAGUUCAUUAUCGUUGAAACAAUGGAAGCCAUUCCCAUUAGAUAGUCAAGGAUUACAGAGAGAAGACAAAGAGUCUUUCAUCAAGAAAUGUUUGAGAGUAUUCAGCUUUGGUUCAUCACGUUCUCGCAUCGAAGACCUCGAAUUACAAACUAAUUUAGUGUAA